AUGGAGGACAGGUCUCCGAGUGCCCCUGCUACUCAGAACGGGUUUGCUCCACCAUCAUCGUCUGACCAUUCAUUUGGGCCUCCACUAGCCAAACAGCGUUCUGCCCCACAAACGAUACCAGGUGCCCAACAGCAUGGCUAUGGCCGGCCCGUUAACCCUGACGGACUGCCCAGCCAUCCAAUUCCCGUCAGGCCUGGCCUGAACAAUGGCCCCCCUGCACCAAAACCCGCACCAGUACGCAAUUACGCGAACAACCCAGACUCAUCAUCAAACAGUCGCCCCCAAUCGCAACCUAAGUCUAUUACAGGCGACGAUAGCGUUAGCUCUAGUCCAGUGACGAGAGGCGAACUUGAUACGUUACGCUCAAAGGUUGAUGCGAACCCUAAUGAUAUGAAAACUGCAAUGGUUCUGGUGAAAAAACUUGUCGAAGCUUCAACUGUGUUAGCGUCAGAGAAUGGCCGCUUAGACGCAAAGUCGACUGCAAAGAACAGCGAGCGGUAUGUUCUUGAUGCCCACAAACGUGUCAAAAAGCUCGUUGCAGCCAAUUAUCCAGAAGCGAUGUUCUACCUCGCGGACUGCUACGGAUCUGGAGACUUGGGUCUAGAACCUGAUCCCAAGCAGGCAUUCUCGCUCUAUCAAAAUGCCGCCAAAGCUGGUCAUGGCGCUGCGGCGUACCGAACGGCCAUGUGUUGCGAGAUGGGAGCUGAGGAGGGAGGUGGCACUAAGCGAGAUUAUCACAAAGCUGUGCAAUGGUAUCAACGCGCUUCGCAACUACAAGAUGUGGCUGCAAUGUACAAGAUGGGGAUGAUUCUGCUCAGAGGUCUGCUUGGUCAGCAGAGAAACGUCGGGCAAGCGGUGGUGUACCUCAAAAGAGCGGCUGACAAUGCGGAUGCCAAUAAUCCUCAUGCUAUCCACGAGCUUGCUCGCCUUCACGAAGAAGGAAAUCCCGAUCCUGCUAUAAGCGCUGCAGUGAAGCCGGACGAGAAAUAUGCACAGAAGAUGUACACGCAAGCAGCCAAGAUGGGCUACAAGCAGUCGCAAUUCAGACUUGGUCAAGCCUUCGAGUAUGGAUCGUUGGGUCUACCGGUCGAUUCACGCAAUUCGAUUGCAUGGUACUCGAAAGCAGCUGCUCAGGGUGAGCACAAUUCCGAGCUGGCACUCUCUGGUUGGUAUCUCACAGGUGCCGAGGGCAUCUUGAACCAAUCAGAUACCGAGGCAUAUCUUUGGGCACGCAAAGCUGCGAUGAGUGAACCUCCACUUGCAAAGGCCAUGUAUGCCUUGGGCUAUUACAUUGAGAACGGUAUUGGCUGUCCUGCUAGUCUUGAGGAAGGUAAGAAGUGGUACACGAGGGCCGCUUCGUACAAGUUCCCCAAGGCUGUAGAGAGACUUGAAGAGAUACGCAAGGGCAAAGCAGUCAAGCCGCAGCCAAAUCAGGGUCGCUUGACCAGAAGCAAUCAGAAGAGAGACGAAGCAGAGUGCAUCGUCAUGUGA